AUGAUUUUGGUGGCCGCGCAGUUGAAGGUCGUCACAAUUCGUAUAGCCGCCUUGAGCUCAGAGCAGGCUGACACGGAACUGGGAGUCAAAUACCGUUUCGAGGGUUCACACGCUUCGUCUCAGGACAGGCUGUACAGAGAUUUGUGCCUUUGCAUUGAAAGCCAUCAACAAAUUCUCCGGUUCGUCAAAGAUCUGCAACGACUAAUGGAUCCCAUUGCAAUGACUCAGUUCGUCUUCAGUGUCCUCGCUGCGUGCGUGGCGCUCUUUCAGGCAACAUACACGACAGAGCUCGCCGCAGUGUUCCAGUGCGUGGCCUUCCUUCCGGUGCCUGGAGGCCAAGUCUUCCUGUACUGCUGGGCAGCUCACAGCGUGACCGAAGAGCAAGAUCCACAGAGGGAGUGGGACGUCACGUAUGGAUGUCAACAGGCAGAAGCGGUAUCGACGGCAGGGUACAGCUGCUCCUGGGUGGGGUCGAGCGCGGCCUUCAAGACCGCCCUCCGCCUGCUGCUGUGCCGCGCCCAGAAGCGCCUCGUCCUCACUGCCGGCUACUGCUACCCCAUCGACAGGGCCGCCUUCCUCUCGUUGGUUAAUGCAUCAUACUCCUACUAUGCUCUCCUGGGCCAAAUGAAUGGACGCUAG